CCGUUUAUUAUAACUGUGUCUGCUGCCUGAGAUUAUUAUGAGCAACACAAUGACCGCUCAUGAACCCAUAAACUAUCUGGACAGCAUCCUUAACGAAGAGGAGAAACGUUGCGAGUACAGUCAUCAAUGGCGGAAUUUCACCAUAUCACGUUCAGGUCGUUUCAAAUCGAAAAACAAACAUCGCAAUGUUGUCGAUGGCAAAAUGUUUGAUCGCAACACUGGCGGCUCAUCAUCGUCAUCAUCGACGACCAUGUCGCAGUCGCCUUCAUCCAUUAACAGCCAAACACAAUCGUCAGCAACAUCCUCAUAUGAUAAGGAUAAAAAGAUCUCAUCACAUUACGGUUCAUCAGCCUCAAUGAAAUCCUAUCAUCAAACACAAACACCAGCUAAGGCGAUCUCAUCAUCGACAACAUCUUCGUCAUCGUUUACCUCUUCGACGGCUAAUAACCGGCAACGUGACAAAGUGGAUUCUUACAAAAGUUACUACGAAACGAAUUUAUAGAUUCCAUUC